AACAAAAGAUGAGACUUGCUCUGCAUUAUUUGAUAUUGCUGGGGUCCAGUUAUGUCAUUUCAACUUAUGGGCCCCAUGAAAGAGCACAGAUGACCGCUGAUAUUUUACUCGGAGGUCUUUUCCCCAUACACUUUGGUGUUGCAUCCAAAGACCAAGACCUUGCAGCCCGGCCACAAUCCACACGGUGUGUCAGGUUCAAUUUCCGUGGGUUCCGUUGGCUCCAGGCCAUGAUUUUUGCAAUUGAUGAGAUAAACAACAGCAGCACUCUCCUGCCCAACAUCACUCUGGGUUACAGGAUCUUUGACACAUGCAACACAGUGUCCAAAGCCCUGGAAGCUACCCUUAGUUUUGUUGCUCAAAAUAAAAUUGAUUCCCUGAAUUUGGAUGAAUUUUGUAACUGUACUGAUCACAUCCCAUCCACUAUUGCAGUAGUAGGAGCAGCAGGAUCUACUGUCUCCACAGCAGUUGCAAACCUACUGGGUCUUUUUUAUAUUCCUCAGAUCAGCUAUGCUUCUUCUAGUCGCUUACUGAGCAACAAGAAUCAGUAUAAAUCCUUUAUGAGAACCAUUCCUAUAGAUGAGUUCCAGGCUACAGCCAUGGCAGACAUCAUUGAAUACUUCGAGUGGAACUGGGUCAUUGCAGUUGCCUCUGAUGAUGAUUAUGGACGCCCAGGGAUUGAAAAAUUUGAGAAGGAAAUGGAAGAGCGAGACAUCUGCAUUCACCUAAACGAGCUUAUUUCACAGUACUUUGAGGAUCAUGAAAUCCAGUCUCUGGCUGACAGAAUUGAAAACUCCACAGCUAAAGUAAUUGUUGCGUUUGCCAGCGGUCCAGAUAUUGAGCCUCUAAUCAAAGAGAUGGUCAGAAGGAACAUCACAGAUCGUAUCUGGCUAGCCAGUGAAGCAUGGGCAAGCUCCUCCCUUAUUGCCAAACCCGAGUAUCUUGAUGUUAUGGCAGGGACUAUUGGUUUUGCUCUAAAGGCAGGGCAUAUACCUGGCUUUAGAGAGUUCUUACAACAAGUCCACCCAAAGAAAGACAGUCAUAAUGGAUUUGUCAAGGAGUUUUGGGAAGAAACCUUUAACUGUUACCUGGAAGACAGCCCAAGAUUGCAAGAAACUGGCAGCACUAGUUUUAGGCCUCUCUGUACUGGUGAGGAAGAUAUCACACGUGUUGAGACCCCAUAUCUGGACUACACACACCUUCGCAUCUCCUAUAAUGCGUAUGUUGCAGUUUAUUCCAUUGCACAGGCCUUGCAGAACAUACUUACCUGUACGCCUGGACACGGACUUUUUGCCAACAAUUCCUGCGCAGAUAUAAAGAAAAUGGAAGCAUGGCAGGUCCUGAAGCAGCUCAGACAUUUGAACUAUACCAACAGUAUGGGGGAAAAGGUGCACUUUGAUGAGAAUGCAGACCUGGCAGCGACCUAUACCCUUGUAAACUGGCACAGGUCUGCUGAAGAUGGCUCUGUGGUGUUUGAGGAGGUUGGGUACUACAAUGUGCACAGCAAGAGAGGAGCCAAACUGUUCAUUGACAAGACAAAGAUUCUGUGGAGAGGAUUCAGUUCAGAGGUGCCAUUUUCUAAUUGCAGUGAGGACUGUGACCCUGGCACAAGAAAGGGUAUCAUAGACAGUAUGCCCACAUGCUGCUUUGAGUGCACAGAGUGCUCAGAUGGAGAGUACAGUAAUCAUAAAGAUGCCAGUGUUUGUACCAAGUGUCCAAAUAACUCCUGGUCCAAUGGGAACCACACAUUCUGCUUCCUGAAGGAAAUUGAGUUUCUCUCCUGGACAGAACCAUUUGGGAUAGCUUUAGCCAUAUGUGCAGUACUGGGUGUUGUCUUGACAGCCUUUGUCACAGGAGUCUUUGUCAGAUUUCGCAACACCCCAGUAGUGAAGGCCACAAACAGAGAACUGUCCUAUGUCCUCCUGUUCUCACUUAUCUGUUGCUUCUCCAGCUCUCUCAUCUUCAUUGGAGAGCCACAGGACUGGACGUGCCGUUUACGCCAACCUACCUUUGGAAUCAGUUUUGUUCUCUGUAUCUCCUGCAUCCUCGUGAAAACUAACAGAGUGCUUUUGGUAUUUGAAGCUAAGAUCCCUACAAGUCUCCAUUGUAAAUGGUGGGGAUUAAACCUACAAUUUCUGUUGGUGUUUCUGUGCACAUUUGUCCAAGUCAUGAUAUGUGUGGUCUGGCUUUACAAUGCCCCUCCUUCUAGCUACAGGAAUUAUGACAUUGAUGAGAUCAUUUUUAUCACCUGCAAUGAGGGCUCUGUAAUGGCUCUUGGGUUUCUUAUUGGCUAUACAUGCCUCCUGGCUGCUAUAUGCUUCUUCUUUGCAUUUAAAUCACGGAAACUUCCAGAAAACUUUACAGAAGCUAAGUUCAUCACUUUUAGUAUGCUUAUAUUCUUUAUUGUUUGGAUCUCUUUUAUCCCUGCAUACUUCAGUACUCACGGCAAGUUUGUUUCAGCUGUGGAGGCCAUUGCAAUACUGGCAUCUAGUUUUGGGAUGCUGGCCUGUAUCUUCUUCAACAAGGUCUAUGUCAUCCUCUUCAAACCUUCCAGGAACACCAUCGAGGAAGUCCGGUGCAGCACUGCUGCGCAUGCAUUCAAAUUGGCUGCCAAAGCUUCACUAAAACAUAACACAGCUUCAAGAAAAAAGUCAAGCAGCAAUGCAGGCUCGUCCGCCUCGACUCCAUCUUUAUCCAGCAGUCUCAAGACCAAUGACAAUGACUGUGAGCCGUCAUCAGAAAAACAUACGCCAAGGGUGAGCUUCGGCAGCGGAACAGUUACUUUGUCCUUGAGCUUUGAGGAGUCAAGGAGGAGUUCUCUGAUGUGAUUGCAUAUGAGUGAG